AUGGUGCCCCUGCUGCUGCUGCCUCUGCUGUGGGGGGGGUCCCUGGAGCAGCAGCAUCCAGGCUAUGAGAUCGAAGUGCAGGAAUCGGUGACGGUGCAGGAGGGUCUGUGUGUCCACGUGCCCUGCUCCUUCUCCUACCCGUGGAGUUCGUGGUCUUCCUCUAGUGAACUCUACACCUACUGGUACCGGGACGGGGCCAACACAAACUAUUCUGCUCCUGUGGUCUCGACCAAGUGGAAUAAACCAGUGAGGAGAGAGACCCAAGGCCGCUUCCUCCUCGCGGACCCCACGACCAACAACUGUUCCCUGGACAUCAGAGAUGCCAGGGGGAGUGACAGAGGACGCUACUUCUUCCGAGUGGAGAGAGGGAAUUCUGUGAAAUAUAAUUAUGUAAUGAAGAAGCUGCAUUUGAUGGUGACAGCCCUGACAGAGAAACCCCACAUCCGUGUACGGGAGCCUCUGGAGUCCGGCCGCCCCACACGGCUGGCCUGCAGCCUGCCAGGGGCCUGCGAAGGGGGACGACCUCUCACCUUCUCCUGGACGGGAGCCGCUGUGGACUCGCUGGACCCCAAGAACCGCAGCUCCUCAGUGCUCACCUUCACCCCGAGGCCCCGGGACCAUGGCACCAGCCUCACCUGUCAGGUGAAACGGGAAGGAUCCCAGUGGACCACACAGACAACCAUCCGGCUCAAUGUCUCCUAUGCCCCUCAGAACCUCACCAUAGGCGUCUCCUUCAGAAACGACCCAGUCUUUAAGAAUCUGCAAACCACAUCCCUUUCCAUCCUGGAGGGAGAGGCGCUGAGGCUGCGCUGUGAGGCUGACAGCAACCCCCCUGCCGAGCUGAGCUGGUUCUGGGGGUCCCCAGGCCUGAACGCCACCCCCCUCUCCAGCACCGCGAUCCUGGAGCUGCCUCGCGUGGGGCCUGCACAGGAAGGAGAGUUCACCUGCCAAGCUCGGCACCCGCUGGGCUCCCACAGUGUCUCUCUCAUCCUCUCCGUGGUCUACCCCCCGCAGCUGCUGGGACCCUCGUGCUCCUGGGAGGACCAGGGUCUGCACUGCAGCUGCUCCUCCAGGGCCCAGCCGGCCCCCUCCCUGCGCUGGCGGCUGGGGGCGGGGCUGCUGGAGGGAAACCAUGGCAACGUCUCCCACGCUGUCACCUCCAGCUCAGAGGGGCCCUGGACCAACAGCUCCCUGGGCUCCCAGAAAAACCUCCCGCCGGACGGGCCCCCAGACCAAGCGUCACCUGCUGAGAAGGGCCCUCUGUCGGGGGAGCAGCAGGAGCUCUACUAUGCCAACCUCACCUUUGAGGGGCUGAAGCCACGGGAGCCUCGGGACCAGGAGGCCACCAGCACCCAGGAGUACGCAGUGGUCAAGCGCAGAGGCCAAUGA